AUGGUCAAGGCCGUCAGGGGCGUCCUCGUCGAGUGCGAACCCGCCAUCAAAUCCAUUCUAGUGCACAUCGACAGCACCCACCACCACGAGUUCAUCAUCGAGGACCUGGACGACACCCACUUGUUUGUUAAAGAGACCAUGUUGCAGGUGCUCAAGUCCAAGCUGGAAGAGCGUCUGAAGGAGACGUACCGGCCCGAGGAACCGUUGGAGGAUAGUGAAUAG